CCGUGAGAGUGACACACAUCCAGGGUGCGCGCUUCGGAGUGGACCUCAGUCACUGCGCGUGUCAGUCAAUCCAACCCUUCCGGACACAGAGAGAGCGCGCCGCGCUUCCACAUCCCCUUCAGCGAGGAGCGCUCAGCUGUUUCCCAGCGCCCGCGAGCCACGGUCUCAUCACGUUCUGUCCCGAGCGCCUGGAAUUUUACCUCCCCAGUGCUGUUCACACUUUUCUCCGCCAGCCCCCGGGAAUAACGGGCGACCCGUAGUGCUCUCCGUUGCGAUGGUGACUGACAUGAUCUGACAGUGGAAGACAGUAGCAGUGAUAGUCUCUGUGGUUAUUAUGGGCUGUGCCCACUGUAAACAGAAGAAGGCUGCAGCCAAGGCUGCUGCAGCCGAGCUGUCUGACCCGUCUCCUAGCAACAGCCCUGAUGGUACAGCAUUGGCCAUGCCCCGUUAUCAUCCUGGCCCCACCCACCCAACAAUACCUGACUUCAACAAGCCAUUUGGCUCCACCUGUUUUCCUAAUACCAACGCACAACCCUGCGCAGGCGGCAUCACAGGUGGAGGUGUAACUCUCUUCAUAGCAUUGUAUGACUAUGAGGCUCGUACUGAAGAUGAUCUGGCCUUCCAGAAGGGAGAGAAGUUCCACAUUAUCAACAACACAGAGGGGGACUGGUGGGAGGCCCGGUCGUUGGACACAGGGAACUCAGGAUACGUCCCUAGUAACUAUGUAGCUCCUGUAGACUCCAUACAGGCUGAGGAGUGGUAUUUUGGGAAGAUGGGGAGGAAGGAUGCAGAGAGACAGCUCCUGGGACAGGGGAACCCCCGAGGAACAUUCCUUAUCAGAGAGAGUGAAACCACCAAGGGUGCCUACUCUCUGUCUAUCUGUGACUGGGAUGAUGGUAAAGGUGACCACGUCAAGCAUUAUAAGAUCAGAAAGCUGGACAAUGGAGGAUAUUAUAUCACAACACGCACACAGUUCAACACCGUGCAUCAACUGGUGGAGCACUACACAGAGCGAGCGGCAGGUCUGUGCUGUAGGUUGAUUGGCAGCUGUAGGCGGGGCAUGCCUAAGCUAGCCGACCUAUCGGUGAAGACCAAGGACGUGUGGGAGAUUCCCAGAGAAUCUCUACAGCUGAUUAAGAAGCUGGGCAACGGGCAGUUUGGAGAAGUCUGGAUGGGUAUGUGGAACGGUACCACCAAGGUAGCAGUGAAGACAUUGAAGCCAGGCACCAUGUCUCCAGAGGCCUUCCUAGAGGAGGCUCAGAUCAUGAAGAGACUGAGACAUGACAAACUGGUGCAGCUGUACGCAGUGGUGUCUGAGGAACCCAUCUACAUCAUCACAGAGUUCAUGAGCCAAGGAAGCUUACUGGACUUCCUAAAGGAUGGGGAAGGAGGGAAUCUGAAGUUGCCUCAACUGGUGGAUAUGGCUGCACAGAUAGCGUCAGGCAUGGCGUAUAUAGAGCGUAUGAACUACAUCCAUCGUGAUCUGCGAGCGGCUAACAUUCUGGUCGGUGAAAAUCUGGUGUGCAAGAUCGCUGACUUUGGUCUGGCCAGACUCAUAGAGGACAAUGAGUACACUGCCAGACAAGGAGCCAAGUUCCCCAUCAAGUGGACAGCUCCUGAAGCAGCUCUGUAUGGGCGCUUCACCAUCAAGUCUGACGUGUGGAGCUUUGGUAUCCUGCUCACUGAACUCAUCACAAAGGGACGCGUGCCUUACCCAGGUAUGAAUAACCGUGAGGUCCUGGAGCAGGUGGAAAGGGGGUACAGGAUGCCCUGUGCGGUGGGUUGUCCUGCCUCCCUCCAUGAGCUGAUGGUGCAGUGCUGGAGGAGAGAGGCGGACGAGAGACACACCUUUGAAUACCUGCAGGGCUUCCUGGAAGACUACUUCACUGCUACUGAACCCCAGUACCAGCCUGGAGAGAACCUGUGACCACGCACAUGCACACACAUGCACACACACGCACACACACACACACCUACGUGCGCACACAGACACAAGUGUUCACAGACAGAAACACAAACACACAACCUAUACAUACUGUAAGCCUUAUCUACUAUAUGUUGCUGUCUACUGUCAGGGCAGAGCAAUCAAACACGAGCCAGAGUUCUUCCUCUGUAACCUUUCUUAAACCUGAUAUUUUGACAACCCUGGUUUUUUAUUUAAUGCUUGUAUAUCAGUUUGUAUCUUAGCUAACACCUGGGGUCUGUUCAGCAGGGUGCAAUGUUUCAGAAUGUUCAGAUAGACAAUCAUAUCUGUUGUAUACAGUAUAUUUCUAUCAGGUAGAAUAGGGGAUUGUGACAGCUCUAUUCGUUACAUUUCUAUGUGCUAUGUUCUGACUGUUUCACCUCUCUGAAUCCAUGCAUGUUCUGUAUACAGCUUUCUGCCAAUGGGAGGGCCAGGCAAAGUGUCACACGAAUGCUCAGAGGUCAUAUAGGCGAAAGGUGAGAGGUCGGAGUUGGGACCGUGAGCAUGAGUGUUGGUUUUUAUGAUGAUUGUAACUUUUCUGUUGUUUCUGUGCCUGUGGUAAAGUUAUUUUCCACAAUA